UCAAGAAACAAGAAAAAAUCUUCGUCAGAUCGUCACUUUAUUCACUGCAAACGCAAAGUGCAAAUCUUAAAACAUUCUUUAGUCAUUUAUAUUUAUUUUGUAAACUUGUUCGUAUCUAAAUAUUCGUAUUAAAAACUAUUUUUUAAACAAUCCAUAAGUAAAAGGAGCGUUCGCUUUCGGUCAUUUUCAUCGAGACUUAAUUCUGAAAAGAAAGAAAAUAUACCAAUAUUACUUAACUCUAAAAAGUAGUUUCCUUUGUAGACAUGACGCACUCAGUGCACGCUGAAAGAAGUAUACACGAAAUGCUUAAAGAUACCCCGCCGAUGAAUGAAAGUGGCAGUGCUAUUCAUUCGGGCACAGAAGGCAGGCAAUAUAAGCCACCAAAUAGUUUGCCACUGCGCAGCAAUCAUUCCGCCCCGGUAACUCCUAUGAGUCCAAGCAGUCCACAAAAUGGCAUCGAUACGAAUUUUCUUCGAACCGGAGCGUCGAAAAUUGACACCAUUAAAAAUUGGAGUAUAUCAACUUACAAGUGUACGCGCCAAAUUAUGCUGGAAAAACUGGGCAAAUCACAGCGAACUGUUGACUCUGAACUCGAAGCUCAAAUCGAGCAAUUGAGAGAAACUCAAAGGAAAUAUUUGUCUAUAUUGCGUCUUACCAGAGCGUUUAGCUCACAUUUCCAUCAUGUAGUUGUAACGCAACAUGCCUUGGCUGAGGCUUUCUCGGAUUUAGCCCAAAAAAGCCCUGAACUGCAGGAAGAGUUCACUUGUAAUUCGGAAACGCAAAGAAAUCUAACCAAGAACGGAGAACUUCUGUUGAAUGCUUUAAACUUUUUUACAUCGUCUGUGAACACAUUGUGCAAUAAAACAAUUGACGAUACUCUGCUGACUAUUCGUCAAUAUGAAACUGCAAGAGUUGAAUUUGAUGCCUACCGAAUGGACUUGGAAAAUUCAAGACCAGAAAUACCACAGAGCCCAAUAUCAGAAGAGGCGCAAAAGAAUUUCCUACGACAAAAAGAACUGUACGAAAAACUAAGAGCAGAUGUGGCUGUAAAGAUGCAGUUUCUUGAUGAGAAUAGGAUUAAAGUAAUGCACAAGCAACUAGUGCUUUUGCAUAAUGCUAUUGCUGCUUAUUUUUCAGGGAAUGCUAUAGCUCUAGAGAGUACUCUUAAGCAAUUUAACAUAAAGUUGAAAUCUCCAAACACAUCAACAGGUUCUUGGCUAGAGCAGUAGUGUUGAAUGCAAUCUCCACCGCGAGUAUCAAUUUACUUAGAAAACAAAAGUAUAUCCCAUCCAAAGUUCCUUUGGGAACAGCACCCGAAUUAAACAUUUUUAACUCCAUGUAUGUAUGUUUUAAUCUUCUUAACUGAAAUAAAAGAAUAAAAGACCUCUCGCGAAUCCAAACAAAAAUAAAAACAUACAACAAAGUCUUCAAUGUAAUAAUCUCACAUAACACACAUACUUCGUUGUCCAUUUGUACAUUUUUUAACGUAAAUUUAUUCUAGCUAGGCUAGAAAUUUUUUAUAAAAACAAAAGGAAUGAUAACACCAACAAAAUCUGAAUAUUUUUUGUAUUAAAUAUGCUGGCAUUCCAUAGCAAAAUGCAAUCGAAUUUUUACAUGGCAAUUAACAAGCAUUUUAAAUUCUCUUUUUUUGGGAUAUCGAAUUCCUUAUUUUUCCUUCGCCAACGGAUUUCACAGAAUAUGGUACCCCUUUCCUUGCACUUUGCUGCUGAUUCAUUUCGAAUAUUAUUUUAUUUUUGUUUUGUCAUCAGUAUUUGCAACCCCCUUGAAUUAAGACAAAAGAAAAACAAUGUUUAACCUAGUCAACGUAUAUAAUUACAUUCUGUAAACAUGUAACUUAAUAAUUAUAAUUAAAUAUAGUAAUAAAAAUUAUAUAUCGAUACAAA